UUGCAGGAAAUAAACGCGCGUGGAAAACCAGAAGUUUUUUCAUUUCACACUCGACCCGUGUAGCUUUGCGUGUUUGCUGGCUCAAACGUGACAGCCCAAAAAGAGGGGCGUGUUUAUGUAUGUGUGACUCGCGCGUGUCUGUGUGUAUGUGCGCGGAAAAAGCAAGAAAAAUUCGACUGUGUACAAAAGGGAAAUGAAAAUUUAAUAGCAAGAAUAAUGCAAGAAACAAUAAAUGUGUACAAGAAGUGCCUUUUAUUUUAACGUUUUCUGUGGGCUUUUGCGUAAUCUUAGUUAGUCAAUGCAAUCAAGCUGAAAUCCAUAUAACACAUAUAUAGUGUAUACAUAGAUAUACACAGAUACAUGUAUAUCUACAAGCACGCAUACUUAGAUACAUCUAGUAUGUAGUGUAUGCACAGUUAAAAAACAACAACAAGCCAGAUAACAAUUUGAUAUCAAGUUGAAGUACUUUUCGAUUUUGUGGAAAAGUGCCCACUGUACCCCACCAUCCAUGGAUUAAAAUGCGCCCAAAAUGCUGCAGCAGCUGAGACCAACGUGUUGGGUCUCGGUAUGCGUAAGUCAUCGCAUAUUCUACUACCACUACUGACAUAUAUCUGAAAAAUCGAUACUACAAUCCGCAGCAAACGUCAAGAGUUGCGCGCCCCGCCCACUUAUUAAACGUCUAAAAAUACCAAAUUGAUAUACAAAGCAGAAUAGAAAAACAUCAAAACCCAAACCCAAAACGACAAAAAAAAAGACAAUUAAGCAAAAAUGGUGGAUGCAAAACCACCGCCACCCACACCGGGAACACCGCCAGCUGCAGCAUUUGCCGGCGAGCGAUCAAAAAUCAAAUUGUUCAUGGAACGAACCCCCAGCAUUGGAGCAUUAAAGUCGAAAUUUCUAACAGUUCUUGGGAAUAGCAAUGAGCUACUCAAUGGCAUAUCAAAUAAGUUGACUCUAAGCACUAGCAGCAGCGACUCCGACUAUUGCGAUGAUGAUGAAAACUUGCCUAAAUAUGACGAGACUAUCGACUAUACGAAAAUUGAUUUUGAAGGACGUCGUGUAAAGGCGCGCCGAGCUCAUGAGGAGAUUAUAUCAGGACGUUACAGGCAACCAAAUUUAGCACCACGUCCGCGUUUGGAGCACUCUCGUGGCCGUGGACAUGGCAACAAAUUGCACGAAAGUUCCCCCUCAUCAAGCAGCACAGACAGCAGUGACGAUAGCAGCUCGGUUUCCCUGCCCGAUCAAUUUGUGGGGCGAUCUCAAGAUGUCAGCAGCACGACACGUUCCAAUUCCAUAGAAUCUCGUCAUUCGGGUGGCUACGAACGUCCUAGAGCCAUAGCAGGAGCGAGGCGAAGUGAGAUGGAUAUGCAGAAGGAUAUGCAAAAGAUCAGUGAACUGCUCGAGGCGAGCAAUCCUCCCCACAUUGAUGUCCAGCCACCCACAGAAAGCGGUGUGGGUGGUGGCGGCUCCGUGAACCGGCAACCCUGGGGGACUAGCAGUAAUUCAAUGCGUGUGCCUCCACGCAGUCGUACCUCAAACAGCAGCACUUUGACCAGCCUUAGGGAUGAACCCGAUCAAUUGCUUGCCAGCCCCAGCAUGGAAUCCACCGAUUGGCGCAAUUUCAUACGCUCUGAAUCGCAAAAUUCUGUACCAUCAUGGGCAUCUUCCAUCAGUUUGGAUUGCCGUGCCGGUGAAGAGCCAGUAAAGGAGUUUAUGAAACAUUUUACAGACUUGUUAUUCAAUAAUUCAGCUUCUGUGAAUUUGGAACUAAAAUCUGAAUUUGGUAUCCUACUGCGCAUGGAAAUGGGUCGAUUGUGGUUCACGCGGUUUCUCUCUGACCAGCGAAACAAGUCAAAACGUUUGGAUACUACAACAUUUAAUUCUUUGGCCCAGUAUUUUGCUUUAGCCCUUUUUGAGUGUGGCGAAUGCGAGGAUUAUGCUCCGGCUGCUGUUCUUAUGAAUCUCUGUUUUAUUUUCUAUCAUGAAGUUGAAGUUCCUGGCUGCGAUCCUUAUCGAGAGUAUUUGUUUAUCUCAUUGCGCCAGCAGCCCAUUUGGCAGCAGAUUCGUUUCUGGAAUGCCGUGUUCCUUGAGUCCUUGCAAUCGGAGCGUGAACAUCGUUUAAAUGUCAUGUUGCGACGCCAGCAACGACGUCAACAGAAGCAACAGCAACGCCAAAUGGCAAAUGCGACUGCGCCUGGAACGGAGGCAACAUUGUCCAAGUCAUCCAAGUCGAGUUCUUCCCAUCAUGGCGGAGGAGGUGCAAGCACUCAUCCAGUUGCGGUGGCAACUCGCAAGCAAAGUAACACUAGCCUAGGACAGACCCAUGUAGCGGCCAAGGAGCAAGAGGAUAUUGCAUUUCGGCAGUUAGGUUCCUUCACCUGUAAUAUGCACUCACUGGGUACAUCUCAAGAAUUGUGCCUCGAUUUCUUAAAGAAACAUGUUGUGGCUCUUAAUCUAUCCAAGGAUAAAGCUAAGCUCAUCAGGGACAAUGUCUAUCGCAUGUACCACGAGACGGAACUUUGGGGAGGCAAGCAAACUUAAGGAACUAACUUUCAUCAAGAAGCAACUAAAAUGCGUUUCACCUAAGCUUUGACUCAUGUCAAAGUUAACUUUUAUUUUUCUUUUCUCCUAAAUACCACUAACUUAUCGAAACUUAAAUGUACACAUAAUAAUACAUAUUUAAUGUAAGUAGUUAAAA